AUGACCGGCCUGGCUCCGAGAUGUGUGUUAUUACUUUUAUUGGCAAUUGGAGUUACCAUGCAACAUAACCACAGUGGGGAGAUAGACACAUACCAUGUGAGUGUUGGACAUGUCUUUCUGUUGAGCUGCCUCCCUGACCAGACUGAGGUGAUGUGGAGCAGAGGGGAUGGCCCCACUGAGACCCUCCCCACUGACGUGGAGGUCAGAGAUGGGUUGUUGUGGUUCCUUCCUGUGGAGAUGUCUCAUCAUGGAGCCUAUAUAUGUGAGAAAAGAGAUGAAACUGAACUAUUGAAGAGAACGUUUAGAGUCUCGGUGUCCAAUGAAGACUGUCCCGAUCCAAGCGAGGAUGUCGUCAUCACAGAGGGGAUCAGGGGAGGGCUUCCUUGUAAACAGACAGAGCUCUUUGGACUGGGUCUCGUGAGGAGAAUACGAUGGAUGAAGGACUGUAACCUGGAGGAGCUGGAUAAGGAGUUCAUCUCUGCUGAUGGCUUCAUGUGGCUGCCGGCGGUCUCACAGAGGGAUGCUGGGAAAUACACCUGCCUAACAGAUAUUACUAUAGAUGGCAGGAACUACACAACUGCACGCAGCAUCCAGAUGACUGUUAAAAACGGAGCUCCAGAGGUUUUUCCGGAGCUCCAGGUGGUGAAACCUCAAGAGGACGUCUUCAUUGUUCAAGUGGGUAAGCGAGCAGAGUUGCAGUGUUUGGCCUACACAGGCUUCAGUGAGAGUGAAGAGAUUAUCAUGUUCUGGACUAUUGAUGGGGUGUUAACCGACGCCUACAAGGAGCUCAAUGAGUCCUGGAGAUUUAUUCACAACAGAGGGAAAGUGUAUGGUCAGUCCAAUCUGUCCAUCUCCAUAGUUCGGCAUCAGUUCCUGAAUGUCCCCAUUCAUUGCAAUGUCUGGAGCCCAGUAGAAGCAAAGUUUGGUUUGGCCAGGUUGAAAGAAGCCGACCCCUUUGACUUCCACGUGAUCGUCACUCUCUGUGUCACUGCUUCCAUCUUCAUUCUGCUUAUGGCCACCUUUUUCUUCUUUAAAGUCGACCUGGUCCUAGCACACAGGAAACUGACAAGACAUUUUUCUAAACCACAAGUUUCACAUGGAAAGCUUUACGAUGCGUAUGUGAGCGUCGUCCAGUCAAACACUGGCCAACUGACCGAAACGGCAAAGUUUGCCCUUCAGAUCCUGCCUGAAGAGCUUGAGAAGAAACAUGGUUUCAGCCUGUACAUCCAAGGACGAGAUGGUUGCCCUGGAGAAGCUAUUCAUGAUGCCAUCUCUGCUGCCCUGCACCAAUGCCACACUAUGAUAAUCAUCUUGUCCCCUGAUGGCAAAGCAAAGGGAACAAGGUCUUUAUGUGAAACUCAGCUCUUGUAUGAGCAAGAAGUUGGCCUUUAUGAUGCUUUGACGCAAAAUGAUCCUAAAAUCAUUCUGGUGGAAGUUGAUGGUCCACUGGAUUACAGUCAGCUGCCGGAGUCACUGCGUUAUAUUAAAAGAAAACAAGGAGCUUUGAAAUGGAAUAAUGUCUUGGUUGGAACAAAUAAACUCACUACAUUCUACUCAAAAAGAAACUUUUGGAAAAAUCUACAGUAUCACAUGCCUGCGGUGCCUGUAAGAAGACUUCACCCUGUUCCUUAA